AUGUACGACUCAAUGGAUGUACAAGAGAUACUUCGCGGCAUAGAGCCACUUCCCGGACAGGUUAUCCCUGUUAGAACUGUUCAAGAGGCGCGGCCACGAGAAGAAUUUGCGGAUGCAUAUGUAGUAGAAGUCAAUGUGAAAAGUGCUUCGAAAGUGAUAAAGGCUUUGGACAGUGCCUUUCCUCGCGACCCUUCUCGUCCUCUGAACCACCUUCGACGCUUCGCAAAGCACACUCAACUACCCGAUGGCCUACGUUCUACCCUCAUAAAGGGAGAGCCAUCGACGCAGACAAUUUUCACUCUGAUUACUCCUCCUUUACCCGAAGCAGAAAUACUUGAGAAGCUAUUGGCUCCGUUUGCGCCACCAGUCGAAACCCCAUCCGAGUCGUCUCAGGGCGUAGGAAAUAUUGAACUCCAGAUCAUUCGCAUCCCACUGGAGCCACCCUUGACGGCAGGACGCUAUCUAGCCCUGGCGCGCAAGGUCGCCGAUGAAGCAGAGAAUUCUGGACACGGGCGCAGGGUUGGCGCAGUGGUUGUCGAUCCAGAACUUGAGGCUCACAUUGGUGUGACCGACGAGGAUGUAGGAAUCCAUUGGGCCGAUGCGAUUGUAGCUGUUGCAGGUGACGUACGAUACGCGCGCCGAGAGGCCGGAGCAAUGUCAGAGUCUGAACGACAGCUAGGUGCAGGGCCCAACCCCAAUGCGCAAACAUAUAACUCAGACGUUGAAGGCGGGCCGGAGCUGCACGCGCUAAUGCGCGCAGCGGACUUGGUUGCUAAUGGGAGGUGUAAACAAGAUGGAAAUGAGUCUAACGAACAGCUACCUCUAGGCCAAUUAGAGAAAUUUUUCCUCUCUCAGUCGGACGUCUCCGGCUCCGAGCCAUUGGCUGAUCCCGAUGAUUCAUCGCCCGUGCCGGGCAAAUAUCAGAAAACAGAUACCGGGGCCAUCCCCAAACCUAUCGACAGUUCUCAAGAACCUCGAAUUCGCUCGCGUGCUCAAGGCGGCUACCUCUGCACAGACCUUGACGUGUACUUGACGCAUGAGCCUUGCCUUUGUUGCUCGAUGGGUCUUCUUCUUUCGCGCUUCCGGGCGGUUAUAUUUCCCCGACAAGGACGGAUGAUAACAGGAGGUCUGGCAUCGGAACCUGUAAUCGCACCAGUCCCAGCAUCGGACCCCGUGGACGAGGCGCACGAGACGUCCGAAAGAACGCAGGAUCAGGAUCAGCACGAGUCAGAAGAAAAGACGUCCACUGAGCAUGCCGACCAGCCGCAACGGUUGUACUAUGGAUUGCACUGGCGGAAAGAGCUGAACUGGCGGGCCUUGGGAUUCGAAUUCGUCGAGGAUGGAGUCACAGAGAAGAUUGCUGAGGAAGGUCUGGCCUUCCACGCAUAA